AAUACUCGUUUCUCUCUCUCUCUCUCUCUCUCUCUCUCUCUCUCCCCCAAAUUAGGGUUUACAGGUCAUCAUCUUCCUCGUUAAUCAAUCAGACAUGGGAGGCGGCAAUGGCCAGAAAGCCAAGAUGGCCCGGGAAAAGAACUUGGAGAAGCAAAAAGCUGCCAAAGGUAGCCAAUUGGAUUCAAACAAGAAAGCUAUGACGAUUCAGUGCAAGGUAUGCAUGCAGACAUUCAUGUGCACUACAUCUGAGGUGAAGUGCAAGGAACAUGCUGAGGCAAAACACCCAAAGUCUGAUCUGUACACCUGCUUCCCUCAUCUUAAGAAGUGAUUGAGUUGGUGAAGAAGUGCCAUGUAGAGUAAUUAGGAGUAUCAGCUUUCAUCAUAUAAAGUUUCGACUACUAUGAAUAUAAAGGAUGAUGUAGGGGGGAUUAUUGAUCUCUGUCAAUUUAAAUGGUUAAUUGUUAUCUAUCUCAUGGUGUUACACAAUCUUUUACAAUCCUUUUCGUUCCACUUCCGCAUUUGGAUUUAUGAUAAUAGAUGCUCCAUCUGGAA